AUCAGAUUUUCUCAACAGGCUCAACACUCCUUAAACUCGUUUGGUAGUCCGUUUACAUAUCUAGUUCGACCUCGCAAGGCUCGACCGGUCAAACAAGAGAACAUCAUUAUCAUCGCUUUGAGACCGUAGAUCCGUCGUGGGUAAAGACCGGAAGUGGCGGGCCGCUAGGUGACUAUGACUGGGGUAUAUCGUCAAGUUUACCUGAGCCUGUUGAGCAUGAUGGGGAGCAGAGUAACAAUGGGCCAAGGUCAUGCCCGGAAUAUGGGGCAGUUGCCCCGAGCCCGUCUCUACUGCACCAAAACCAAGAAGAUCACGAGCAUGGCAGCCAGUCAGGCUCGGAACAGAUCGCGCCGAGCCCUGUCCAGAGCACUGAAGACACACAGCCAACUGAAUUACGAUGUGACGAGUGUGGGGGUGUUUACGCAAGGCCUUGGGAGUCGCUGUAAGAUCAAGCAUAAGAAGCCGUUCAAGUGUAGAGUGAAAGACUGUUCUUGGGCUUUCCGAUACAGCAAAGACCUCGACCGACACUGCAAAGAGCAGCAUUCGGAUGGAGCGGGUUAUUUCUGCCCGUUUGCCGGAUGCAAGUAUUCACAAGAGAAGGGUGUCGGCAUCAAGAGAAAAUCCAACUGGCAAAGACACGUACAGACACAGCAUCGCAGCUAGCAUGAAGAUUGGCAGCCUCGUCGACCGAUAGGGAUAACCGCCCAAUACAAUAGAAAAGUCAUGCCGUGCAACCGUAGGCAACAACAUAAUUCCCCCGGCCCCCAACGUCUAGCUCCCACAGCUCCCUGCCCAACCCCCGUUAGCGGAGGUUUCGCAAGCGAGAUGGCGGUCUGAGAAUGCAGUGAAUGGCCAGCCUUAUUGGAAACGUGCUAGGAGUGGCAGCUCGUAAGUCGCUUUGGGGAUGGUGGCUUACGCUAGUCAUCCCGCGUAGUAAUUUAGUCGCGAUGAUUCGUUCC